UUUGCCUAUAAAGUCCAAUCAUCACUGAAGAAAAAUUCACAAGCCAGCACUCUGAGCAGUGAACAUCUCUUCACUUGCUGCCAUUAUCAUUCAUCAUCACCAGUUUUCUAUUAAGAUGGCUUCCAUUCCUCCAGCAGCUUCCAUCCCCAGAAGGCUCGAAGGCAAGGUGGCACUGAUAACUGGUGGGGCUAGUGGCAUUGGCGAGUGCACCGCCAGGCUAUUUGUCCAAAACGGUGCCAAGGUCCUGAUAGCAGAUGUCCAAGAUGAUCUUGGCCACUCUCUCUGCCAAGAAUUUGGAUCCCCAGAAAUCAUCUCUUAUGUCCGCUGCGAUGUAACUAGCGACUCUGACGUCAAAAACGCUGUGGAUACUGCCGUCUCCAGAUACGGAAAACUGGACAUCAUGUUCAACAACGCUGGGGUUUCAGGCAGCCCUGGAGCAAAUAUCCUGGGCUCUGACAAUGAAGAAUUCAAGAAGGUGUUUGAUGUGAAUGUGUACGGUCCAUUCUUGGGAGCCAAGCACGCUGCCAGGGUGAUGAUCCCAGCCAAGAAAGGUUGCAUACUAUUCACUUCAAGCGCAGUUUCGGUGUGUUGCGGUGAGUCUUCACACGCAUAUGCAGCAUCUAAGCACGCAGUGGUGGGGCUUGCCAAGAACUUGUGUGUGGAGUUGGGGCAGUAUGGGAUAAGGGUUAACAGUAUCUCGCCGUUUACUGUCGUGACCCCAAUGAUGAAAAAGCUUUUGGGGAUAAAGGACAAGAGAGAGGCAGAGGAAUUUAUUUCAUCAAUUGGGAACUUGAAAACUGUGUUAUUGGAACCUGAAGAUAUUGCAAACGCAGCUCUAUAUCUAGCAAGUGAUGAGUCCAAGUAUGUGAGCGGGAUGAACUUGGUGGUCGAUGGAGGCUAUCAUGUCACCAAUCCAUCGUUUGCAUUUGCAAUGAAAAACUUAUAUUCUUAAGAUAUGGAGUCUCAUUUCUUCGUCGUAAUUGAGACACCAGCCGGUGCUUUCUGCGGUU